AUGUUUUCCAAAAUCGUAGCUCUUUGCGGAUUGGUAGCGGUGUGCCAGGCUGGUCUCCUGCCCGCCCCUGUGCACUACUCCUCUGCUGCCGCUGUAUCCUCCCAGAACAUCGUACGUCACGACCAGUCUGCCCAACACGUCGCCUACCACGCUGCUCCCGCCGUCCCCUACCACGCCGCGCCCGCUGCCGUCGCCUACCACGCCGCUGCUCCUGCUGUCGCCUACCAUACCGCUCCCAUUGUGGCUCAUGCUGAUGAGUUCGAUGCUCACCCCAAAUACGAGUACAACUACUCCGUAGCUGACAGCCACACCGGUGACAACAAGUCCCAGCAGGAGUCCCGCGAUGGUGAUUUCGUGAAGGGUUCGUACUCCUUCCACGAAGCCGACGGCUCCGUCAGGACUGUGGAGUACUCCGCCGACGACCACAGCGGCUUCAACGCCGUGGUGCACAACUCCGCGCCCACUGCCGCUCCCGUGCACGUCAAGGCCGCUCCCGUCUACGUAGCACCCGCUCACUACAUCCACCACUAA